AUGAAACAACUAGACUCAUAUUCUAUGAUGAUUGUAGCAAAAUAUCUAAAUAAUUCUAAUGAAUUAAUGAAUAUUGUUCUUGUAUGUAGAAAGAAUAAAGAGUUAUUAGACAAAUUUAGAUUUAAUCCAAUUCCAUUAAACAACCAAAGUAAGAAAUUGUUUCAUUAUAUUGAAACACAAUAUUUAUAUUCUCCUGAAGAAGAAAGAGAUAAUACUUAUUCAAAUACAACAUACUGUUAUCCUAUUAAUUUAACAGAGAUUGAUUUAAAUGAUUAUUCAAAAAGAUAUUUAAGAAUAGUUGUAAAUCAAUUUAGUUUAUUAGAUUCUUUAAAUAAUAAAGAAACAAUGAAAAAACUUCAUAUAACUGAUUUAAAAAUUAAAUUUCCUCCUUCAAUAACAAAUUUUAAUAUUCUUUCAAGUGUAACAAAAUUAGGAAGAAAAACAUUUAAUGAAAAUACACAACUACAUCAAAUAACAUUACCAAAUUGUAUUAGAAAAUUAGGAAAAGAAUUAUUUUAUGGAUGUAGUAAUUUAACAUUAAUUGAUUUUGGAUAUGGAUGGAAUACUAUUAAAGAAGGAACAUUUAAAGGAUGUGUUUCAUUACAAACAAUAAAAUUAUCACCAUUUAAUUCAAUGUGUGAAUUAACAAUGAUUCCAAAGAAAGAGAUUAAUAUAAUUUGUAAUGGACCAACAAUAUAUGGUAAAAUUCCAUAUUCAAUUUCAAAAAUCCUUAAACUACAUUCAGUGCAAUGUAAUAACAUUUAUUAUGGAAAAGAAGAUUUAUUAAAUUCAAUUACAACUACUACUAAUAAUAUUACUAUUCCAAAAGAAGUUAAUAUAAUAGAAAGUGGAUGUUUUAAUUGUAACUAUACGUUAAAAUCAAUUCAAAUUCCAGAAGGAAUUACAAAAUUAGGAAAAUAUAGUUUUUAUAGAUGUACAUCAUUAACAUCAAUUCAACUUCCAUCAACAUUAAAAAUUAUAAAAAAGUCAUGUUUUGGAUUUUGUGAAAAUUUAAUUGAAAUAGAAAUACCACAAAAUGUUAAAGAAAUACCAACAGAAUGUUUUAUAGGAUGUAAUAAAAUGAAAAGAAUAAAAUUAAAGAAAAAUAUAAGUAUUGCACCUGAUGCAUUAACAAAUUGUAAUGCAAUAAUAACAUAUUAA